GCAGAGAAUCUAGCAUGGUGCUGCCACAUGGACCCUGGGUCCUCGCUGUUGGACUGGAGUCAAGUGGCAGAGAAUACUUCGAGCUGCAGGCUGUUGUUGUGCUGGUGAUCGGCCCGUUGGAGCGCUGCCUGUCUGGGAAGGGUCCCUCGUACGGGGGCCGGGUGAUCUCCUCCACCCUGGAGGAUUUUCCCCACUCCCAGUGUGUUUGUAGGAAUGUGGACAGACCGGAGCUUUGUCAGAUGUCCCUCUACGACUUCCAGAAGUUCUUACAGAUGGAUCAGAAGGAGUCCUGGGCUUCAGAUCUGAGUCGUGUCCGAGAAUUCCUCACGGGGUACAUGAGGGGGGGGGCGCAGCCAGAGCCCAUGCUACAGCUCGAUGAGUUCCUGACGUUCCUGUUCUCUAAAGAGAAUUCUGUGUGUGACCCUCAACUGUCUCCUGUCGUUGCUGAUGACAUGAAAAGGCCGCUGUCUCAGUACUGGAUCUCCUCCUCUCACAACACCUACCUGACAGGUGAUCAGUUUUCCAGUGAAUCGUCUCUGGAAGCGUACGCCCGCUGCCUCAGGAUGGGCUGCCGCUGCAUUGAACUGGACUGCUGGGACGGACCUGACGACCUGCCAAUCAUCUACCACGGCCACACGUUAACCUCCAAGAUCAAGUUCCUGGAUGUGCUGCACACCAUCAAAGAGCACGCCUUCAUCACAUCUGAGUAUCCUGUGAUAUUGUCCAUCGAGGACCACUGCAGUGUGGUGCAGCAGAGGAACAUGGCCACACACUUCAAGAAGGUGUUCGGAGAUCUGCUGCUCACCAAGCCUGUAGACAACGGCGCAGAGGAGCUCCCCUCCCCCCACCAGCUCCGCAGGAAGAUCCUCAUCAAGCACAAGAAGCUGGUGGAAGGCACGCUGUACGAAGAGGUGACUUCAGCCAGCUACUCAGAAAACGACAUCAGCAACUCUCUGAAGAACGGCAUCCUCUACCUGGAAGACCCCAUCGACCACACGUGGACCCCGCACUAUUUUGUCCUGACCAGUAAUAAGAUUUACUAUUCAGAGGAGACGUCUCACUACCAGACGACUGAUGAAGAGGAGGACGACGAAGCGAAAGAGGAGUGUAACAACAACGAGCAGCACUGUGCCGAGCGCUGGUUCCACGGGAAGCUGGGCGGAGGUCGUGACGGGCGACAGGUGGCCGAGAAGCUCCUGCAGGAGUACUGCGAGGGGGGGGCCAAGGACGGAACCUUCCUGGUGCGGGAGAGUGAGACGUUUGUGGGAGACUACACCCUCUCCUUCUGGCGCUCCGGUCGGGUCCAGCACUGCAGGAUCCACUCCCGUCAGGAGUCGGGCUCCACUCGAUUCUACCUUACCGACAACCUGGUGUUCGACAGCCUAUACCGCCUCAUCUGCCACUACAGAGACACGCCUCUGCGCUGCAACGAGUUUGAGAUGCGGCUGCUCAGCCCCGUCCCUCAGCCCAACGCGCACGAGAGCAGAGAGUGGUUCCACUCCAGUCUGUCACGUGUUCAGGCUGAACACAUGCUGAUGCGUGUCCCCAGAGACGGAGCUUUCUUAGUGCGGAAACGCAGCGAAAACAGCUCCUAUGCCAUCUCCUUCAGGGCGGAGGGGAAGAUCAAGCACUGCCGUAUUCAGCAGGAAGGACGCCUCUUCAUGUUGGGCAGCUCGGCAGAGUUCGAGAGUCUCGUGGACCUGGUGAGCUACUACGAGAAGCAUCCUCUGUACCGCAAGAUGAGGCUCCGCUACCCCAUCAACGAGGACACUCUGGACCGCAUGGGCACCGCGGAGCUCGACUACGGGGCGCUGUAUGAGGUCCGCACCCCUCAUUUCUACGUGGAGGCCAAUAAGAUGCCCACCGCUCGGUGCACGGUCAAAGCUCUGUACGACUAUCGAGCUCAGAGGGAGGACGAGCUCUGCUUCCCCAAACAGGCGCUCAUCGUCAGUGUGGAGAAGCAGGAUGGCGGCUGGUGGCGAGGCGACUACGGAGGGAAGAAACAGCUGUGGUUUCCUGCAAACUACGUGGAGGAGGUCCCCAGCUCCCCCUCCAGAGAGCCGGACCAAGUGUCCACAGAGAACAGUCCUCUCGGGACGUUUCUUAAGGGCUUCAUUGAUGUUCCUACCUGCCAUGUCGUGGUGCUUAAGGACGGGAAGAACUCUCGCCCCCAUGUGAUCACCAUCCAGUCCCAGCAGCCGUCCACUCUCCCGGUGCAGACCCUGGACGUGGCGGCCGACUCUCUGGAGGACCUGACGGGCUGGGUGUCCCGGAUCAGAGAGGCCACACAGAACGCUGACGCACGGAUGCAGGAGGAGAAGCAGAUGGAGAGGAGGAAGAAGAUUGCGGUGGAGCUGUCAGAGCUGGUGGUCUACUGCAGACCCGUCCCCUUCAACGAGGACAAGAUCGGGACAGAGAGGGCGUGUUACCGGGACAUGUCCUCCUUCCCGGAGACGAAGGCGGAGAAGUUUGCGACCCGCAGCAAAGGGAAGCGCUUCCUGCAGUACAACCGCCGGCAGCUCUCCAGAGUCUACCCCCGAGGACAGAGGCUGGACUCGUCCAACUACGACCCGCUGCCCAUGUGGCUCUGCGGCUCCCAGCUGGUGGCUCUCAACUUCCAGACCCCAGAUAAACCCAUGCAGCUGAACCAGUCCCUGUUCAUGCUGGGAGGGAGCAGCGGCUUCGUUCCCCAGCCCGAAGUUAUGAGCGAUGACGCCUUCGACCCUUUCGACAAGGACACCCUACAUGUGGAGCCAAUCACCAUCCAGUUACAGGUACUCGGAGCCCGUCACCUUCCUAAAAAUGGCCGCAGCAUCGUCUGUCCCUUCGUGGAGGUGGAGAUCUGUGGAGCAGAACACGACAGCUGUAAAUGCAAGACGGACGUCGUGGCUGAUAACGGGUUGAACCCUGUGUGGGUGCAGAGGCAGUUUGUGUUCGACAUCCACAACCCCAGCUUCUCCUUUCUGCGCUUCACUGUCUACGAAGAGGACAUGUUCAGCGAUCCUAACUUCCUGGCACAGGCCACCUUCCCUGUCCGUCUGCUACGCACAGGCUACAGGAGCAUCCCCCUGAAGAACAGCUACAGUGAAGAGCUGGAGCUGGCUUCUCUUCUGGUCCACAUAGAGAUCGUCAAUGCAAAGGAGGAGGACGAUGAGAACUUGUACAUGUCCAUCCAGCGGCUGCGGGAUCGAACCAGCGAGCUGUCCACCCAGGUGUCCCUCCUGGAGAGGUCAGGGUCCGGGGACCUUGGCUACCAGCAGAGCCUGGAGGAGCUCAGAGCGGCUCAGGACCAGCUGAGCGAGCUGGUGGAGGCCCGGAACCGCAGGCUGAUGGAGAAGAAGAGGAGGGAGAAGCUCAGGCAGCAGGUGACGGCAAAGCGCAGCUAGCCCCCCUACCCACCAGAGGGCGCUACACUGCGACUCAAACUGUGGCGGAAACUUCCCUCCAGAGCUGUGAGAACAGGCUCUGCAGCUGCCACUUGCGAUCCUUUUAUAACUGGAAUAAAGAACAUGUUCUUUCACAGUAGAAUGUGAGACUUUAAAGUGCUAUGCUGGACAAAAGCAGAGAUACAAAAGACAAACAGAAGCAUCUCAUGGACUUAGAGAAAACCUAAAGAAACUAAGCUAUUUAAACAAUCAUGGACCUGAGGCUGAAACACAUUAAGAGCCAACUGGAUAUGGGUUCCUUGUGAAGCUUUCAUAGAAACCAUUCAGUCACAAAGUAAAUCUGCACCAAAUGUGUUUUAAUUCUUCAUUCAAGUUGUUUCCAAGCACAAAUACUCAGCUUUCUAUUUGUUAUAUGAUCAUGAAUUAUUAAGCCAAAUGAAGAUGCCACCUUGAGCUUUAGAAAAUAUUAAGAGGCAUUUUUAAUAGAUUUGAUGAUCCAAUUUGUCGAUAAUGUAACUUUUCGAAACUAAACUUUUUAAAGUAUAUGGUAGGCUAUGAUGCAUAAGAAAUGAACUGAAAUGAACUCACACUUUUGGAAAAUGAAGCUCACACUUUUGGAAACUUAGUUUGAAGCUCCAUCCAGAUCCUGAACUAUGUUUGGUUCGUAGUGAGAAA